AAAUUGAAAAAGUUUGAAAUAAAAUGGAUUUACUUGGAUCAAUUCUUGGCAGCAUGGAUACUGUGACUAACAAGAAGGUUGAUAAUGAAGCUAAGAAAAGAAUUCAAGAUGCAAAACAGAAGGCAUUAAAAUUCAAGGAAGAAGAACGCAAAAAAAAAGCAAAGUUUCGAGAAGAGAUAGAGUUGCGCAUAAACACGUUUAUACAAGGUCCCACAAAUGUUAAAAAGUUGGUGUUUGAACCUAUGAAUGCCACACUUCGGAGUAUCGUGCAUGAUGUUGCUGAAGUAGCUGGUUUGCUUUCAUACAGCUUUGGGGAAGAGGAUUUUGAUAGACAUCUUGUUGUUUGGAAAAAGGAAUACUCUCCAUCAGAUGUUGAAUUAGAGGCUUUAAGAAAUGGUUUGGAAUAUAAUGAAGAAAUUGCUGUAAAACUGAUAGAUUCUCAAAAUUCCAAAUCCACUCUAUCUGGAGAUGAACAAGUUUCAAGAAAAAGACAAAAUGUAACUGCUGAACCUGAAAAGUACUUUGAAAAGUAUGCAAAAAUAGUUGGUGAAGACAGUGGUUUAAAUGCUGCUGUUGCUACAAAAUCUAAUAAAGCAUAUGGAAUGGUUCCUAGUAAAAACAAAGAAGACAAACGUUCUAUCGAGGAAACAAUGAGGCAGAUCCGUGACAGAAAAUUACAAAAGUUAUCUAAUGCUGAACUAACCUGAUAACUGUAGUUAAAUUCAUAUUGCAAACGUCAACUUGUAUUUGGUAUUACCAUUGCCUUGUACUUUUUAUUGUUUCAACUUUGUCAAACUUUGUGCUCAAGCAAUUGGUUAAUUGAAGAAACAACUUUUUUUUAAUGAAACUUGAUGAACUUC